UCUAAACGAUAGGUUCCUACUGAUGUUCAUCAUUUGAACGAAGCGAACAAAGUUAGCAUUCACAGAACUGGGGCGAGAGAGCUCUCUGCCAGGAGGUAGUGUUUAUGGCAAGAGGCAUGUGCUGUAAAGGUGUCUGUGUGUUGGUGACUUUGUUGCUCCUGAGUCUUACAGAAGUAAAAUGUGGUCCGAGUGUGAGCUACACCACUACACGUGUCUGUGGUCUAAAAGGGGCACCAGUGGUCUUGUCUUGCACAUAUGAAUAUCACUGGAUCCACAUCUUUAAAAAAGGGGAAUGGCACAAAGAGGGGAGUAGCGAAGUUAAAGACCACAGCAACUCCAAAUCCGACUGCAGCCUCACAAUAGACAUCCUGUCAGACCAACAGGCUGGAGUGUAUUAUUUCCAGUUUUCUACAACUCUAUCCGGGGGAUGGAUAUCAGGAAAACCUGGGAUCACAUUAUCGGUUACAGAUCUGACCGUAAAGGAGAGUGGGUUUCCCAACCAGACCCGAGUGACCUGCAGUUCCUCCUGUGGUUUAGGCUCUGAUCGUCUGUACGUUUGGUACAAAAAUGGAGAGCAUCUACGAGGCACAACCACAGCCUCCAUACUGGUCACUGAGAAGGCCAGUUACUCCUGUGCCGUAUCAGGAUAUGAACCAGUAAGAUCCCCAGCAGUUUGUGUUCCAAAUGCACAGUGUUGGGAUGUGACCUACUCCUUCGUCAGUACCUGUGCGUUACUGGGAUCGUCUUUGGACAUCCCCUGCAUCUUCGUACACCCCGCAGAUCACAACAUUAAAACAACAGCCUGGUCUGCUGUACAACACCACAGCAGUGGCCAUAAUGUCCCUGUGUGUUCGAACACCAAGUGUAUGAAUCAGACAGAGUAUCUGGGGAACAAGGAGAACAAUUGCACGCUGAGACUGAAAGACGUUAGUAACAGCCACUCUGGAGAAUAUGUGUUCAGCUUUACAACCGUUUGGGGUCGGAGAGAGGAGGGCUCACCUGGGAUCAGGGUCUCAGUCACAGCAUUGCAUGUAAGUAUGACACCUGAUGCGGUAACAGAGGGUGACACAGUCACUCUGACCUGUGACACCACCUGCACUCUGAGUGACCAGCCCUCCUUCACCUGGUACAAGAAUGGCCAACCGCUUCGCUCUAACCACACAACCAGAGACAACACGCUGCAGUUAAAGUCGGUCAGCAGUGGGAACUCAGGCAAUUACUCCUGUUGUGUUGGAGGACACGAGAAUCUCCCGUCCACAGCUGUGAUUCUCAAUGUCACAUACAAGCCAAAGAAUGUUACACUGUCAACAAGUGCCUCUGGUGACAUGGUAGACGAGGGCACUCCAGUGACUCUGACCUGCAGCAGUGAUGCCAACCCACCAGUGCACAACUACACCUGGUACAUGAAGUCCGGAGCUGAGUCUCUCGUUAGGGGCAGAGGGGAGAGCAUCAGCUUCAAUGUCACCUCUGAUACCAGUGGACUUUACUACUGCCAGGCAAACAACGAGAUGGGCUAUCGGACAUCCAAUGAAGUGGCUGUUCAGUUCAUGAAGCGGGGGUUAGAGGCAGUUGAGGUGAUUGUGAUCCUAGCGGUAGUUGUGAUCGUGUUAGUAAUUCUUGUUGUCCUGCUGACAGUUGGAAGUAUGUACUUAAGGAAGAAGAAUGCAGAAGUUAGCGUAAGCAGAAGAGCUGACAAUUUUAACACACAGUCUGACUCUGACCUUGUGUACGCUAACAUGGCAACGAGUACCGUGACCUCUGACCCCACACAGAGGGCCGCCACACAGCAGGACCAAGAUGACGUUCAGUACGCCAGCAUUCAGAUCAAACGCCCCAAGCCCAAACCAAUCCAGCAGGACGAUGCUGUCGCCUACUACACUCUUCAGUUACCUAGCGGAAGUGGUGCCACCAGGGCUGAGAAUGACAGUGUGAUCUACAGUGGAGUCAACUAACACUGACUGGAUUUCCCCAAUUUCCCAUUGGCAACUGCCAAAGUUGCUAACUGGCUAACAACUAAGCUUCCGAGAAAUGCACCCCAGGACUACUUCCAGCUUACCGCUACUGCCUUUUAGAGAAGACAUUCUCUGCCAAUGGGUCAGGUAUUGCAAUGAGCCUAAAACGGCUCUCAGAUUAAGUAGAACCAAAGAUUCUCUAUUCUCUGGUAGAACUACACCGUCUUCCUGUAGGCUAAGUCUUGAUGUUAUGAAAUUAGACUGUGUUACGAUCCCUUCCAGUGUAUUUUUUUUAGGUCUGUCUAUGUUAUUAUUGUGUUUGUGCGUGUGUGCAUGUGUGUGUGCACUUUCUCACAUGAACCCCGAACAUUCACACACAUGAGCUGGUGUGGGAAUGUGGGAGUGUGUGUAUGUGCAUUUUGAAAGUGCUUCGAGUCAACUUCAAAGUUGUGAUACUGCGCCAUAUGAAUACAUGUUGUGUUGUA